CGCCAAGCAAGAAUAAUUGUCAAAGAAUCUUGUUUUUGGAACGCCAAAGGGCGCUGCUUUUGGUCAUGAGUGCGUGUAUUUAAUGCUAUUUGCGCGCCUUUUGGAUCGCAUCUUGACAUAGCUCCUGUUGCGCAGAGGACGCGUUGUGGGAGAAUAGCUCUUUAAGAGCGCAAUUUACAGCCCUGGAGGUCAUGGAAACAAAUCCCACAGCGUCAUUAGCGCCCUUGUUUCAGCAAAGGCUCUAAAAAUAAUGAAGUCAAUGUCAAGAACACGCGAUGCGUCGAUUAAAUCGCCACCAUCAUUUGAACAAGACUACAGCACAAAACGCGAAUCCAGAUCAGCUCUAUCGACAAAAUGGCCUCCAUCAACCUUCGAUUCCGCCAAGCAACUGUUGAAGACGCGGGCCAAAUUCAGCAACUUGUUGAAUCCGCGUUUCGCGCGAUAGAUAGCAGGCCGGAUUGGACGGGGAAUGCAGAACUCGCGUCAACCUUUCGAAUCAGCGUUGAAGAAGUAAUGCCCAGGAUUGUCAACCCUGACAAUGCGGUUCUUGUGGCCUUGGACGACACCGGUAACCUGGUCGCUUCCAUCGAGGUCGCUAAGCGCGGCAUUAACUGUGGUCGCAUUUCCAUGAUUGCAGUCAACGAACGCUAUCAAAAAGGCGGCGUUGGACGCUCGGUCCUUGCUUAUGCCGAAGCGUAUUGUCGACAGACCUGGAACGUGGAAAAAUUCUCACUCAACGCCCUGUCGACGCGCAAGACGCUGAUUGAGUGGUAUAUGCGUCAGGGAUAUCAGAAGACGGGAGAAACGUCACCAUUUCCACGAGAGAGGUUCACCAGUGUGGCGCUACCCGAUGACAUUUGCUUCAUCGAGAUGGAGAAGGAAUUCAGCAGCAGCACUGGUGAGCAGGGACAGUCGGUCUAGAGCUAAAUUGCGAGCGACCUGCAAGCUUUGAACUUGGAUCAAUAUGUUGCGAAUAUUCCCGUUGACGCUGCUCUUCACAGAGGCCAUGGUCAUUUGCGUUCGAUAUAUUCGUAGACGUCAUAAACAGAGGUAGCAUUAUGGCAGUCUUAACUUGCCAGCCUUCUGAUGUCUACGAAGAAGAAAACUUUGGGUGUUUUACAGCCACUGGUGACGCAUCUGCUCCACGGUCUCCUUCUGUAGGGAGCACUGUGAUUCGGGCUACUCUUACGUUACUUUCAUCUGUAUAUAGUAAUACAAGUGCCUCGGGCCGUUGUGGGGG